AUGUUGAGUGGUUUUUUAUUAAAUGAUGAAUUGAAGUUAAUGUAUUUGAUGAGAUAUUGCACUGGAGAUGCUGCAAGAGCUAUACAGUGCUGUAAGUUUAUGAAGCCAAAAGAGGGCUACUACGAGGCUAUGAGCAUAUUACGUCAAAGGUUUGGAAGACCUUCGAUGAUUGCAGGGAAAUUAUUCGAGGCUGUUAAGGGUAAUGGUGGUCAAUUACAGGAUGACUCCCAGGCACUCACUGAGUUUUUAGAUAAUUUGCUAAUUUACAAGAAUGGAAUGAUUUCGAUGAAUCGCAUGAGUGACCUCAACUCGAGUUUUAUACUAGAAGUAAUAGCAAGACGUCUACCUACUCGACUGCAAAGGAAGUGGGUGAAGAUAAGCUCCCGUAUGGAGGAUGAGGGUAUCGAGCCAAAGUUUGAUGAUAUCCUGAAACUGGUAAAUACUAGUGUCAAUCAAUCUAUGAGCAAGUUCGCCAGUCUAUUACAUCUCACCCCUAGAAUAGAGCAGUCUGAGGGUAAAAUGCAAUCAUUGAUGACGAAAGGGCCUCAGAGAGGUGGAUAUCGAGAAGGCUCCAUGAUGUCUAGUAAUGCAUAUAGACCUAGUGAGUGUAACAGGUUUCGUAGUACAUCCUCAACAGAUAAGUUACAAGAUGCAAGACAAACACGGUUGUGUUUUACACGUGUGCAAGAGGUGCAUACAGAAGUGAACUGUGAACCAGUGAGCAAGUUCAGUGAUAAGCUAAAUGUAAACUCCAGGCCUGACUCCGAAUUGUGUGACGAUAACGGUGCGGUGAAGAAGUCUGUAGUUGCAACUGGUAAGCCGUUGUUGAAUAGAGUGUCACAGAAUAGAGUUACUGCUUCAGAGUGCAGUUCUGACUCCACAAGUUUACAAGGUAUACUAGUCAGAGUGAAGUUAUAA